UCAGGGAUUUUCGAAGCAGCAACAGCACGGCUGCCUGUCGUCUGGGAAAAUGAAGACGGCGCGACGACGCCACGCACCCUCCUUGCCGUUCUCCCAGCGCGCCACUCUUUCUCCCACAUUCCACUUUUCCAACCGCUGCGAAACGUCCGCAAGCCAGAAAGAAACCGGUCCCUUUCGACCGGUGUCGGCAGCACGUCGACAAGUGCGCGAGACUAGCAGGUGUACAACAACAAUUCACAGCCUGGGCGUGGGCCAUCGCACAUUGCACAUCGCAGGGCACCCAACCCAGCGCACACGGGACCCGGGCUCGAGUCGAACAUCGUCCCGUCCGCGGUGCCUACCAGAGCGUCUGUGACGGACCACCAAGACAGCGCGAAAGAAAACCGUUCGCAGAAUGCAGCUCACGGUCUUCUGCCUGGUCGGGGCCUUCGUCGCUGUGGCCUCGGCGCAAGACCACGUCAGGGUGAUUGCCGCAAGCAACGACUUCGCUUUCCGACUACUCCCGCUGCUGUCGGGUUCCCAGAGCGACAACGUCUUCUACUCACCGUACAGCGUGACCACGGCCCUGGCCAUGGUUUACGCCGGCGCCGACGGCAUGACCCUUCGAGAACUACACGAAUCCCUUAGCUACAACUUAGUGGGGAUCGAACAGGACAAAGUUCUGAGCGCGCACGCCGAGCACAAUGGUCGCCUGCUCGCGCCGUCCGACUCGACGCUAAAGAUCGCCAACGCAGCGGCACUGGACGACAAGCUUAACGCUCUGCCGGGCUACGUGAACGCCCUGAAGAACGGCUUCGGGGCCGAGCUUCUCAAGGUUGACUUCAUUGGAGCGGGCCAGUCAGCCGUGAACGCCAUAAACUCGUGGGUGAAUCAGAAGACGCAGCAGAAGAUCAGUAAGUUGUUCGACGAACCGCUCUCCAAAGACACGAGACUGGUGCUUCUGGACGCCGUCUACUUCAAAGGGACGUGGCUGACAAUGUUCAACCGGUCCAAAACGGCGAAGGCCCCCUUCUACACGGGCGACGGCCGCUCGACCAACGUCGACACCAUGCAGGGCAUUAUCAAGGUGGGAUACGCCUAUGCCAGCGAUAUCGGAGCCACAGUGCUGGAUCUGCCUUACAAAGGCCUCGACUACAGCAUGUCGAUACUGGUCCCCCGAAACGGGACUAAUGUCGAAGUGCUGAAGAGGGCCCUGAAACUGGAGGGGCUUAGAAAUGCUCUGUCCCGGCUUCGCCAAAUUAAGCUUGAACUUCACCUCCCUAGGUUUAGGCUGGAGGAGAAGUACGAGCUGAAGGAGCCGUUGAGGAGGUUGGGCAUCAAGAAGGUGUUCAAUGCGGGCGAGGCUGACCUGUCCCGAAUCAAUGGAGGCAGGGACCUCUUCGUGGACCAGGUGUUGCACAAGGCUGUGGUGGAAGUCAACGAGGAAGGCAGUGAAGCGGCCGCCGUUGCCGGUGUCGAGAUCAACACGCGCACCACGUCCCAUCCUGUCGUGUUCCACGUCGACCACCCGUUCCUGUUCUUCAUCCGUAACACACGGAUCGGAGAUAUCCUCUUCGUUGGACUAGUGAACAAAGUCGAAUUCCCCAGAAUGCAGCCGACAGUACUCUUCCUGGUCGGGGCCCUCCUCGCUGUGGCCUCGGCGCAAGACCACGUCAGGGUGAUUGCCGCAAGCAAUGACUUCGCUUUCCGACUACUCCCGCUGCUGUCGGGUUCCCAGAGCGACAACGUCUUCUACUCACCGUACAGCGUGACCACGGCCCUGGCCAUGGUUUACGCCGGCGCCAACGGCACGACGCUGCGCGAACUGCACGAAUCCCUGAGGUACAACGUAGUGAGGCUCGCACAGGACAAAGUCCUGCGCGCGCACGCCGGGCACAAUCGUCGCCUGCUCGCGCCGUCCAACUCGACGCUGAAGAUCGCCAACGCAGCGGUACUGGACGGCAAGCUUAACGCUCUGCCGGGAUACGUGAACGACCUGCAGAACGGCUUCGGGGCCGAGCUUCUCAAGGUUGACUUCAUUGGAGCAGGCCAGUCAGCCGUGAACGUCAUAAACUCGUGGGUGAAUCAGAAGACGCAGCAGAAGAUCAGUAAGUUGUUCGACGAACCGCUGUCUAAGGACACCAGGCUGGUGCUUCUGAAUGCCAUAUACUUCAAAGGGACCUGGCGCACAAAGUUCGCCAGGUCGAAAACGGAGAAGGCCCCCUUCUACACGGGCGACGGCCGCUCGACCAGCGUCGACACCAUGCAGGGCACUGUCAAGGCGGGAUACGCCUACGCCCGAGAUAUCGGAGCCACUGUGCUGGAUCUACCUUACAACGGCCUCGACUACAGCAUGACGAUACUGCUUCCACGAACCAAGACCGGUAUCGAAGCGCUGAAGAAGAACCUGACUCUGCUGACAUUGAGAGACGCUCUGGCCCGGCUCAGCGAAGCUACUGUUGAAGUGUAUCUCCCGAGGUUCAAGCUGGAGGAGAAAUACAAGCUAAAGGAGGUGCUACCGAGGUUGGGCAUCAGGAGGAUGUUCAACGCGGGCGAGGCCGACCUGUCCCGAAUCAACGGCGGCAUGGACCUCUUCGUGGACCAGGUGGUGCACAAGGCUGUGGUGGAGGUCAACGAGGAAGGCAGCGAGGCGGCCGCCACCACCGGUGUGGUGAUCAACACGCGCACCACGUCCGGUCCAGAAGUGUUUCGCGCCGAUCACCCAUUCCUGUUCUUCAUCCGCAACAGACGAACAGGAGAUAUCCUCUUCGUUGGACUAGUCAACAAAGUCGAAUGAGCUUCUACCCGUCCUGGCACUAACUGCAACAGUGUUUCACCUUUACAAACUUCCUUUUGCUUCAAACCGUGCACCAAAUCUUGCGUCCAUUCUGCGCUUUUUCAGUGUUGUUCAGCGUAUCUUCUUACUAUAUUCGGGGGGUUGCUGCGAUGUCAACACAUGGACAACAGAAGUAGAAGUGGACAGGAGGCCCGCCGCUUGUACUUCGGUUGUCCGUGUGCUUAUAGCGCAGUAACCUCUUUAUUACAAGAUGAACUUCCACCAAAUAGCCCAACUUGUCGCUCUUCUACUAUAUUCAGCUCUUGCUCUAUCUCAUUAGAGUCGAGGCAGGGUAAUUCGUUUGAAUGUUGCUCUGAAAUAAUCCCCGACUGUCUUUCCAUAGUAUGACUCUCCAAUUUCGAUCUACGUCACCGUCUUACGCAUGCUGUGGUCAUGAUAUAAUGAGCAUAAUACAACAAAACAACAGCUAAAAAAGACAGAAAAAGAACUGAAGAUUUGAAUAAAAGAACGGGAAAGUACAGAUGUUCCCGUUAGUGUAUUUGUUCCGCUGCUUUCACAGUUAUAAUGCGCAGCAUAAGCCCCUACCUACCUCUCGAUACGUUAGAAAAGGAGAAAUGCACAAAGAAGUUUUGGGUGAAGGAUAAUUCCAUGAAGUAAAAUAUGACGUUCGUCUUUAAGCCACACGUUACGUUUUUACAAGUUAUUCAGGAUCGUAGGAGAUUAGAAUGAAAGUGAAACUGGCCACCGGUUUGCAAGCAUUUCUGUGGCAGUAACCCUAACGCGGAGGCUUCAAAGGAAAGCAAAACGAGGACAUCAUUGCUCAGCCAAGCUUGUUCAUAAGAUUAUUAUGAACACUUAUUUUAUGAUGCGAACGUAAGCAUAUAAAAAAUGAUGGAUCAUUUUUAGUUCCUUAUAUAGAAGAUACACAAAUGUGGGAUUGGUUAACCGAAACGUGUGCGAGUAAAAAUACAGUACCGAAUCAGACAGCGUUGCUUAGAAAACGCAUAAAUUCGACCUUGCGUGUUGAGCAGAAUUUGGGGUUUCAAGGUUUUGAGCUUGUAUUAUGGUGUGCUCGUGCUAGACCUUCGAUCUCUUCCCGCACGACAAAUCCACUCCUUUCUCUGCCCCCUUAUAGAUAUGUAACUGCGCCCACCCAAGUUUAUAAAGGAUGUAUUUUGUUAUUGUGCAACGGCUAUCACUUCAAAGGACGUAACGGAAGCAGGCUGGAUUCUUUUGUUCUUCUUUGAGAGCCUUAUCUGCGUUUGCCAGAGUGGAAACCGCCGACAGAACUUCCUAUGACUGCCUUCCCAGCGCAGAGGACGUUGGCUCCCAGCACGUGUCGUCUGUUCAAAGCUAUAAAAACAGGGCGUAUAUUUAUUUUGCCAUGGAAACAUCUUUAUUGUUGUGAUAAGGUAGAACACGAUCAUGAAGCAUCGUACACACUAUUCAUGCGUAUCUACAUAAUUACUAAUCUUUACAUCAUAUCUGCAGAUAGAACACGAUAAAGAGACAUAGCGGAAAACCUUUGAUUUUCGUUAAUCUCAGCUUAACGAGCCGGGAAACUUCCGUUUUACUUCUUUUGUUCACUUGGAUGAACUGCGUAGACAACACUGCCGUCGACCAAGCCUGUGAUGAAGGAUGCAUUUUCGUUAAAUAGUGCACGCAUACACACAGAAUUACAGCUAGUUUCACAAGUAUCGCAGAUGGAGCUCGAUUCUGGCUUUCGCAUAAGCACAUACAAAAGUGUAAAACUACAAAAAAUAAACAUAUUUCUGUCGUCUCAUGGUUGCCUAAACUUCCCUUUAUGCUGAUCUUUACGUAAUGUCGGUAAUUGCAGCAGUAAAUUUAGCUGAUUGCUUGAAAAACGGUUUUAGCUAUAGAAGAAGAGCAGAAAAAGCUAUAACGCAUUUAUUUACGUUCAUGGCGUUUGCCUGUCAACGUUCCCUUUAAAUGUGAUUAAAAUACUAUUUGCAGACGCUUUUUUUCUCCAAGUACGAACAAUCAAAAUGCAAGAAAUUUGUUACAAUGUUCAGUCCUAUUCAUUGUUAUGAUUGAGAACAACAUGCCAACGUUUUAAAGUGAAAGUGAGGCUAAAAAAUCGACGCUGCAUGCUCAUGUCGCCACCUGAGUCCUGUAGAGUUGCAGUGAGAUUGGGAGGGAUUACAAGCUUCUGGAAUGUGUUAUAUGGGGCCAUUAGCAACUAUAAACAACAAUCUACUCCUAAAAAUGAGCCAAUUAAAUACCCUUUUCAAAGUUCUUGACUAGAUUCAGUGCUUCUCGACUAAGCUCUUACUGUGCUGUGCUUAUGAUCAUGACUCCCUCUACAUUCUUGUCACGUGAGGUAGGUCAUAAGGAUAAGUCUUGGGUCUUUUGCUUUGUUAUACUUAUAUUAAUCCUUUAAACACCGGUAUCGCUUCAUCCAUUAAGUUUUUGCAGAGGAUUAUAUGCUGUACUGUAUAAUUAAUAGCUUACGAUAUGUUCCUACUUUUCAAUGUGACACUACAGUUUCCAGCUGUUAUGGCACAUUGCUAAAGAACUUAAUAUUUCUGCAUGUACAAUGAUGGGAGAAAAACAUGGUAAUAACCCUAGUGUUACCCUUGCUUAUAUUGUUAUUCACCUAACAUUAAUAUCCGUCAUUUCGUACAAGUACAUUGGAAUACACACAAUUCAAACCCUCUCUAGGAAUAUGCAUGUUCAAAAUAUAAUUAACAAUGCUACGCUGAAAUUGUCGCACUUUUCUCUCCCAUCAGAAGCUCAUUUAGUAUAAAUCUAUAGUUAAAUCAAAAUUAGAAAGUGUUGCUUCCAUUUGGGAUCCCCCUAAUGCCAUCUUAAUAAACG